AUUGUUUGGUCUGACUGCAGGAAUGCCCACAUUACUGCUACUAAGAGACUGAGAAUCAGAGAGAGAGUGCAGGAGAGCCGAGAGCCCGGGUGUUGUACGGCAAGUUGAUCAUGAGCUUGUGGCAGUAAAGCUGGGAGAGAGAGCCGCUGGCACAGGUUAAAGCUGUUAAUUGAUCAGGAAAAGGCCUACCAAGAACGCAAAGACGAAGAAAACAACAAAAAGGUCGCAAGCCUCAAGGAGGAGCUGACAAAACUCAAGUCGUUUGCGUUGAUGGUUGUGGAUGAACAGCAGCGUCUUACCGAGCAGCUGAAGCAACAGACAGCUAAGGUCCAAGAACUGAGUGCCAGUUCUUCACAAGCCCAGGAAGAGCUGAGCUCAGCUAAUGCUCGUCUGCAGGAAGAGGAGCAAAAGGUCUGUCGCUUGGAGGCUGAGCUGCGUGACCAAGCCAGUCGAUACCAUCAGGAACAGGAAGGCAUGACUGCCAAAUUAACCAGCGAGGAUGCCCAAAACAGGCAGCUGCGUCAGAAGCUUUCAGCUCUCAGCAGGCAGCUUGAUGAGCUGGAGGAGACCAAUAAAACCCUGCGCAGGGCUGAGGAGGAACUGCAAGAGCUGAGAGACAAAAUUAGCCGCGGUGAGUGUGGAAACUCUGGCCUCAUGUCAGAGCUUGAAGAGUUACGAAAACGGGUACUUGAAAUGGAGGGAAAGGAUGAAGAGCUGAUCAGAAUGGAGGACCAAUGCAGGGACCUCAACAAAAAACUGGAGAAAGAGGCCAGCCAAAACCGGUGCCUGAAAGCUGAAGUGGACAAACUGAAUCAAAGAAUCAUGGACUUGGAGAAACUAGAGGAUGCAUUCAGUAAGAGCAAACAAGAAUGCAGCUCACUGAAAAGCAACUUGGAGAAAGAGAGGUCGGUGUCAAAGGUUCUGACCAGUGAGUUGGAAGUCCUCAAAGUCAGAGUCAAAGAAUUGGAGGCUGCUGAAAGCCAGCUGGGAAAGACAGAGCUGACUCUGAAGGAAGAUCUCACCAAGCUAAAGACUCUCACAGUGAUGCUGGUGGAUGAGAGAAAGGCAAUGGCAGAGAAGCUGAAGCAAAUGGAGAACAAAGUCCAGAACAGCACAGGCAAACUGCAGGCUGAACAGGACAGAGUUACAUCAGUUACAGAGAAGCUUAUUGACGAAAGCAAGAAAGCACUGAGAUCAAAGGCUGAGCUUGAGGAGAAAAUCUGCAGUGUUACAAAGGAAAAGGAUGACUUGAAGGCCAGGUUAAGAGCUGAGGAGGAGAAGAGUAAUGAUUUGGAGUCUAAAAUAAGCUUGAUGAAGAAAAGGUUGCAAUCACUUGAGACAAUAGAGAGAGAACACCUGAGAAACAAGGCUAAAGAGGAGAAUAUCAAAACGCCAAUUGCUAACCGCUUCCAGCAAGAAGACAACAAAGUAAAAGAUUUGACCCAGGAAGUCGAACGCCUCCGACGUAAGUUAAAAGACAUGAAAGUGGUGGAAGGCGAAUCAUUAAAAACAGAGGCGUUUGAAUCGCUGGAGAAAAGAUUUAACAACGAGCAAGAAAAAGCUAAAGCCUUGAUGGAAGAGCUGGAAGUAUCUAGAAAAGAGCUUUCAAAGUACCAGCUGGCUGAAAAGAAAGAGUGCAACCAAGAGCAUGUCCUUUACAAACGCCUUAAGGAAGAGGAGGCCAAGUCCAGCCAUUUGACCAGAGAGGUGGCAGCUCUGAAAGAGAAGAUUCAUGAAUACAUGGGAACAGAAGAGUCCAUUUGCCGCAUGAAAACUGACCACUCGACACUGCAGAGAAAACUGACCCAGCAGGAAGUCAGAAACAAAGAACUGGCCAGAGAAAUGGAGACGCUCACUCGAGAGCUGGAAAGAUACCGACGGUUCAGCAAAAGCCUUCGCCCAGGAAUGAACGGCAGGCGCUUUUCAGACCUGCAUGUUUCCACUAAGGAGGUUCAGACAGACCCACUUGAUUUCAUGUCUCCCAACUGCAAGGGUAUGCCACCGCUGGAACGUGCAGUGGUGAACGGCAAGCUGUACGACGAGAACGAACCGGAAGAAAAUGCAAAUUACAGCAAUGAGCUGCAGCUCACCAAAUGUAGCCCCGCGAUUAUCAAUAAUGUAAAUAAUCUUAACAACAACCUGAAAAGAGCACGAGGCCCGCUCCUUAAAAACAAAGACGCUCCUCAUCAGGUCAAUGGAAAAAUGCAACCGCGGCAGAACGGCAGCCAUGUUCAGCCUGGAGACGUCGUGUUGACCCACAGUCCUGGGCAGCCUCUGCAUAUUAAAGUGACACCUGACCACGGACACAACACUGCAAUGCUAGAGAUCACCAGUCCGACCACAGAAAACACCCAGUCAUUCACCAGCACUGCUGUCAUACCCACAAGCGGGGGUCCACCCAAACAAAGAAUUACCAUCAUCCAGAAUGCAUCUAUAUCCCCUAAUGCAAAAUCCAUUUCCCCAACAGCAAAAUCUAAGAGUUCCUCUGUGUCUGACGAGCCAUGUUCACCAGAUAGGGCCCUGUCACCUUUUACUAUGGCUACAUACUCCAGAGCGAUGACCCCAGACUCUUGUGGCUCUGUAACCCCAGACAGAGCCAUGUCACCAAUACAAAUAGUAUCAGUGAUGACAGGCACCCCCGACCGCUCCUUAUCCACGGAGCCAGUUGAGGUUGUUGGAGGACACGCCGUCUUCCGCGUGACCCCUGAAAGGCAGAAUAGCUGGCAGGUCCAGAGGUCCCCCAGCAUGGGGCCCAACGUCAUCACCACAGAGGACAACAAAAUCCACAUUCACUUAGGGAGCCCAUUCAUUCAGGGCAUCAGCACUUCGUCCCAAACGCAGAGUCCAUGCCACACGCCUGGACUUCCCGAACAAAGGACUCAGGUGCUUGCAAACUGCAGUUCUCCUACUGUCAAAGCCAACAGCAAAAUCACAAGUAGCAUCAUGAUUAAGCCCACCUCCAUCCCAAUCCAAAGGCCAUCACAAAUUACAGUAAGUAAUGCCUACGACUGACCUGAUAACCCCCCAAACCCUCCAUCCCAUCCUGCCCAUAAGAUACCUCUUAUACCCCAACUCUAUACCCUAAAAAAAAAGUCUGAUUUGCUUCAUUUAUGAGCUUAAAUGGUUGAAUGUUUUACUUUUCAUUUUUGUUGGUUUGCUUGGUUCUGUGUGAUAAAGUUCAAACAACUGUGUGCCUGCAUGAAAAAAAAUAAAGCACUAGAACUUGAAUUAAUCUGACAUAACACAAGGUUUUAACUUAAGUGCACUUACUGUAUUGUACUCAGUGGCACAUUUGCCAUGUAGUCAGACUAUUCACACUGAUGUAUCGUACCAAUUUUUAUACUUCAUACUCCACAUACUGCAUUAUUAUUAAGUUGUUUGCUUUCCUGAGAAUUAAAGUGUGCAAAAAGAA